GGGGAGGGGGACUGAGCCGUGCAGUCACCGCCGCCGGGGCCGCGCAGGACGGAUCGGCCCCUCCGCCCGCCGUGCGGGGCCGCCGCCAGCGGAGCCGCUGCAGCAGCGUCGAGCGGGGCCGGGGGUGCCCGGAGCUGAGAGGAGCCUUCGCCCAGUUGCCUUCCGUGCCCCCCGCCUCGGGCCGGGGGAGUAGCGGGCGGGCGGUCGCCGCGGAACAAAGGUCCAGCCUCGGCCGCUCAGCCACAAUCGAGGCUUUUACCGCAGCCUGAGCUCAUCAUGAAGGCAAUUGAUGAGCCUCCUUAUCUCACAGUGGGCACUGAUGUCAGUGCAAAGUAUAGAGGAGCCUUCUGUGAAGCCAAGAUCAAGACAGCAAAACGGCUUGUCAAAGUCAAGGUAACCUUUAGGCACGAUUCUUCAACAGUGGAAGUGCAAGAUGACCACAUUAAGGGUCCCUUAAAGGUAGGAACUGUUGUGGAAGUGAAGAAUCCAGAUGGAACAUACCAGGAAGCAGUUAUCAACAAAUUAACAGAUGCAAGUUGGUAUACUGUAGUAUUUGAUGAUGGUGAUGAGAAGACUCUGAGACGCUCUUCCCUGUGUUUAAAAGGAGAAAGACAUUUUGCUGAGAGUGAGACAUUAGAUCAGCUUCCACUCACCAAUCCUGAACACUUUGGAACUCCUGUUAUAGGAAAGAAAACAAACAGGGGAAGGAGAUCCAAUCAUAUUCCUGAAGAAGAAUCUUCAUCCUCUUCCAGCGAUGAAGAUGAAGAUGAUAGGAAACAAAGUGAUGAAUUGCUAGGAAAAGUUGUGUGUGUGGACUGCUUCAGUGUGGAUAAAAAGAAAGCUCUGUGGUUUCCAGCCUUGGUGGUUUGUCCAGAUUGUAGUGAUGAUAUUGCAGUGAAAAAAGACAAUAUUCUUGUUCGCUCAUUCAAGGAUGGCAAAUUUGUUUCUGUGCCAAGAAAAGAUGUCCGGGAAAUCACUGAAACUUCACCAAAGCCUGACGCUUUAUUAAAACAAGCUUUUGACCAAGCACUUGAAUUCCGUAAAAACAGAACUGUUCCUAGUAACUGGAAAACAGAAUUGAAAGAAGACAGCUCCAGCAGCGAAGCUGAAGAAGAAGAAGAGGAUGAAAAAGAAAAAGAGGAUAACAGCAGUGAGGAAGAGGAGGAAAUAGAGCCGUUUCCUGAAGAACGAGAGAACUUUCUUCAGCAGUUGUACAAGUUCAUGGAAGACAGAGGGACUCCUAUUAACAAACGACCUGUCUUAGGAUAUAGAAAUUUGAAUCUCUUCAAAUUAUUCAGACUUGUACACAAGCUUGGAGGAUUUGAUAACAUUGAAAGUGGAGCAGUGUGGAAGCAAGUUUAUCAAGAUCUUGGAAUCCCUGUAUUAAAUUCAGCUGCAGGAUAUAAUGUUAAAUGUGCAUAUAGAAAAUAUCUCUAUGGUUUUGAAGAGUAUUGUACAUCAGCUAACAUUGAAUUUCAAAUGGCAUUGCCAGAGAAAGUGACGAACAAGCCUUGUAAAGACUGUGAAAAAGACAAAGAAUUGAAAAUGCGUGAAGAACCAGAGCCGGAUGCAAAGGAAAUAAAAGUGGACAAGGACGAGCGCAAGCAGGAAGAAGUAGCAGUAGUACAAGAAGAAAAAAAGUCAGCCGAGAAUGAUAAUGAAAGUAAAGAAAAUGAUAAGCCCUCUGUUCUGGGAAACAAAAAAAACUUGCCAGAUUCUGUGUUUACUCAGCCUGAUCAAGAAAAGGACUUAAAUGUAAUCAAAACUGAAGACGAAACCAAAUUGGAAGAUAAAGAGGAGGAGAAGAUCAAAGAAAUGGAAAAUCCUACAGUAAAUGCAGAUGCUGAAGAAAAAGAAAAAUUAGGAGAUGACACGAAUAAGGAAGAAGAUGAAGAUGAAGAAGAAGCAGAGGAGGAGGAAGAGGAGGAGGAGGAAGAAGACAACAAUAACAAUGAGGAAGAAGAGUUUGAAUGCUAUCCACCAGGCAUGAAAGUCCAAGUGCGGUAUGGAAGAGGGAAAAAUCAAAAAAUGUAUGAAGCUAGUAUUAAAGAUUCUGACAUCGAAGGUGGAGAAGUCCUUUACUUGGUGCACUACUGUGGAUGGAACGUGAGGUACGAUGAGUGGAUAAAGGCAGACAAGAUAGUGAGACCAGCUGACAAAAAUGUACCAAAAAUUAAGCAUCGAAAGAAAAUAAAGAAUAAAACUGACAGAGAGAAGGAAGAGAAGUAUUCUCCUAAACCGUGUAAAUUACGACGUUUGUCAAAACCCCCUUUUCACACCAAUACAUCACCAGAGUCUGGGUCCAAACUUGACAGCACUGAAGCCAAAAAUACUGAACAAGCUCCAGUUAAAUCAAUAGAAAUUACUUCUAUCAUUAAUGGGCUACAAGCUUCUGAAAGUUCUGAUGAUAGUGAGCAAGAAGAUGACCAAAGUGCCCCGAAUGUUCAUGCUGAUGGCAAAGAGGAAUCUCAGCCCGAAGCCGUAAGCCAAGAUAAAAAUGAACUCCGUCUAAAAGAACAGAGUGGUUCAUCCCUCCCAGAGGAAACUAAAGCUCUUACAGAUGCAGUGGUGCCCAAAUCUGUAUCCAAGUCUCCCGAAAGAUUGCGGAAAGAGAUGGAAGAGUUAUCUGAAGAUAGUGACUCCGAUGGAGAAAAUGAAGCCACAAAGAAGAGAAAGGAUGGAAAGAAGGAGAUAGUGGAUAAAACAGCAAAGCCACAAGUGAAGCGUGGAAAACGAAGACACUGUGUUGCAGAGGAGUCCUUGAAGACCGUGUCACCUAAUAGAAAGGAUGAGAAGUCCAAAAACAAAGACUCCCUUAGUUUAGAAAAUAGCAGUAAUAGCUCCUCGGAUGAAGAUGAGGAAGACAAAUCUAAACUGAAAAUCACACCAACAAAAAAGUACAAUGGACUAGAGGAGAAAAGGAAAUCUUUACGGACAAGUACUUUCUACUCUGGAUUUUCUGAAGUGGGAGAGAAAAGAAUAAAGCUUCUAAAUAACUCAGAUGAAAGACUUCAGAACACCAGAGCAAAGGAUCGAAAAGAUGUGUGGUCAAGUAUCCAAGGCCAGUGGCCGAAGAAAACGCUGAAGGAGCUGUUCUCAGACUCUGAUACUGAGGCUGCUGCUUCUCCUCCACAUGCUGCUCCUGAGGAUGCUGCAGCAGAGGAGCAGCUUCAGACUCUUGCAGAAGAAGGCAUUUCUUUGCCUAACUGUGAACUUGAAAAAUCUUUGCCAGCAAGUGUGGAUGUUAAACCUGUUGAAGAAAAACCGACUGAAGUGGGUGAGAAGAAAGUCGAAUUUCCAAGCAGCGGCAGCAAUUCAGUGCUGAACACACCUCCUACAACUCCUGAGUCACCUUCCUCUGUAACUGUGACAGAGUCCAGUAGACAUCAGUCCAGUGUCACUGUCUCUGAGACACUGCCACCAAAUCAAGAAGAGAUACGAAGCAUCAAAAGUGAAACAGAUAGCACAAUAGAGGUGGACAGUGUGGCAGGGGAGCUGCAAGACCUCCAGUCUGAGGGAAAUAUUUCUCCAACAGGUUUUGAUGCCAGCGUCAGCUCCAGUAGUAGUAAUCAACCAGAGCCAGAGCAUGCUGAAAAAGUCUGUACAGGCCAAAAAAGACUUAAAGAUGCUCAGGGAGGAGGCAGCUCCUCAAAAAAGCAGAAAAGAAGCCACAAAACAUCUGUGAGCAACAAAAAGAAGAGUAAAACUACAAACAGCAGUGACAGUGAUGAACUGUCUGCUGGUGAAAGUGUGUCCAAGUCCCAGUCGGCAAAAUCGGUUUCUACUGGUAUGAAAUCUCACCAAACCAAAUCACUCACAAGAACACAGUCUCCAGGAAAAUGUGGUAAAAAUGGAGAGAAGGAGUCUGAUCUCAAAGAACAGAAUAAUCGUUUGCCCAAAGUUUACAAGUGGAGUUUUCAAAUGUCUGACUUGGAAAAUCUGACUAGUGCCGAGCGCAUAACAGUUCUCCAAGAAAAAUUGCAAGAAAUAAGGAAACAUUACUUGUCCUUGAAAUCAGAGGUGGCUUCCAUUGACCGAAGAAGAAAGCGCUUAAAGAAAAAAGAGCGGGAAAGUGCUGCUACUACAUCAUCUUCCUCCUCAUCACCUUCCUCUAGUUCCAUUACGGCUGCAGUUAUGUUAACGUUAGCAGAACCAUCUAUGUCAAGUUCAUCACAGAAUGGAAUGUCAGUUGAGUGCAGGUGACAGCAGGACUUGCCAAAGCACUUUGCACUUAAUGGCUGCUGAGGGCCACUCUUUUUUUUCCUUUUUUUUUUU